AUGAGCCGAACAUCCAUGAGACCUGCGCGACGGAUGAAGUUAUUUCCUACACGAACAAUGACAAGUCUAUUAACAUUGCUGGUAUUCGCAACGACGUUUUCGAAUGUGUUACCGGAAUCGGCGAUAAAUCCGAUAGGUAGUAUCGUCGGCUCAGGAUCAGGAGUUUCCUCGUCUGGCAGUUCCUCAUCUUCGUCGUCGUCGGUGAUCGGCGUGGUGUCCGACAGUUCCAGUUCUAACGGCAACGGGGUUGGUGGUGUCGGAAAUGGCGGUAACGGCAUUGGAGGUGUCAGCGGUAGUGUCGGUGGUAGCCAUUCCGUUAUAAAUGGAGGCGGUGGUGGGCAUUCCGGCAUCGGAGGCGGCAACGAGAAGGGUCGAUGCGAAGAGAUCACCAUUCCUAUGUGCCGCGGUAUCGGUUACAAUCUCACCGCCAUGCCGAAUGAAUUAAAUCACGACACGCAAGAUGAGGCCGGCUUGGAAGUGCACCAGUUUUGGCCGUUGGUUGAAAUCAAAUGUUCAGCGGAUCUCAAGUUCUUCUUGUGCUCCAUGUAUGCACCGAUCUGCCUACCGGAGUAUACGAAACCACUGCCAGCAUGCCGCAGCGUAUGCGAGAGAGCGCGAACAGGUUGCGCGCCUUUGAUGCAACAAUACGGCUUCUCGUGGCCGGAGAGAAUGGCAUGCGAGCGUCUGCCGUAUCAUGGUGACCCGGAGAACCUGUGCAUGGAACAGGAUAAUCACACCAGCACUAGCACAGGUCCUGGUAGUAAUGGUGGCGCAGCGAGUAGCGGUGUUCCAGGACCACCAGGCCCGCCAGCGCGGCCUACACGACCCAGCAAGACUUCGCAACCGGCCCGCUGUAGGCCGGGCAAGAAUCAAAAAAACUGCCAGCACCCCCCGGGGGAGAGGACGAGGGAUUGCGCGUGCAGAUGCAGAGCGCCCCUCGUGCCCCUGGGGGCGGGUGGUUCGGGAGUGUCAGGAGCGAUAAGCGCCGUCAGCAGCAGCGUCAUCGGCAACACCGGGGCCAACGCGGGGGCUGGUCUAGCCGGCAUGGCCGUAAGUGGGAUAAUACCGGCGCCAGCACCGCCGCCAUCGAUGGGAGGUAUCGGCCGAAGUAUCAUCCAAGAGAUCGCGGGAGUGCAGAACUGUGCUCUACCGUGCCGCGGCGCGUUCCUCACCAACGAAGAGCGCGAGUUCGCGGUCGUCUGGCUAGCGCUUUGGAGCGGCCUGUGCGCCGCCAGCACUCUCGUGACCGUCACCACGUUCUUAAUCGACACCCAGCGUUUCAAAUAUCCUGAGCGACCGAUCGUCUUCUUGUCGGCUUGCUACUUCGUCGUAUCCGUGGGAUACUUGUCGCGCAGCGUGUUCGGCCACGAAGAAAUUGCCUGUGACGGUCCGGCUUUGAAAUCGGGCGCUCAGGGUCCAGGCGCGUGUGUCACCGUUUUCCUCCUGAUUUACUUUUUUGGCAUGGCUUCGUCAGUGUGGUGGGUGAUCCUAGCGUUUACGUGGUUCCUCGCGGCAGGUUUGAAGUGGGGCAACGAGGCGAUAGCAUCGUAUUCGCAAUAUUUCCAUCUGGUGGCAUGGCUGGCCCCAACUGUACAAACAGUUUGGGCGUAUGUCGCGGGUGGUGUCGCCGGUGACCCGGUAGCAGGAGUCUGUACAGUUGCUCCCGAGGGGGUGCGCAAUUUCAUCCUAGCACCUCUAUUCGUCUAUCUUCUGCUGGGCACGACGUUUCUUCUAGCUGGUUUUGUGAGCCUUUUCCGAAUUCGAUCGGUGAUCAAACGUCAACCUGGAGCCAAGGCGGAUAAAUUGGAAAAAUUGAUGAUAAGAAUUGGCGUGUUUAGCGUUCUGUAUACACUACCUGCCGGCGUGGUACUAGGCUGUCACAUGUACGAAUCAACUCUACGAGAUGAGUGGCUCAGUUCUCUGGCGUGUCCUUGCCAUCCACGGACAAGACCGCUAUAUUCCAUCCUAAUGCUGAAAUAUUUCAUGGCUCUCGCAGUCGGCAUUACUUCAGGAGUCUGGAUCUGGAGUGGUAAGACGGUCGAUUCUUGGAAACGACUAUGGAGGCGUUUAUUCGGCGGUGAUCGCAGUCACAUGGGCGCCGGGGCUGGGAUGGUUGCCGGUGUAACCGGCGUCGGCAGCGGUAUCGGCAGCAGUAUUGGUAUCAAAGGUGUCGUGGGUCGAGGAAUCGCGAUGCCAUACCCAUCAGCACCAGGUCCAGGCAGCGCUCUGUUGCCUCCAGGAAGCGUCGCCAGUGCGUCCCAACAUCAUCUACAUCACCAUGUACUCAAGCAACCGCCACUUUCGCACGUAUGACGUCACCAGUCUGCGGGGGGCGAUAUGAAUACCGCUGGAUGCAUCGAGUCACAACAGCAAGAGAGGCCUUCCGCCCUCAGCAAUUACGGACCCAUCUAGCCUUUCGCCUCGGCCUCGCGCAGGCACAACGCGACGCCGCACACGGCGCCUCAUACGGCGCCACACACGCCCCAUUCGGCGGCGACCAUCUACUCCAGGAGAUCGCUCGCGUCCACGACGGGGCCGCUGACGCCGGCACAUGGCAUCGCGCCCUCUUACACGCAAGCUACCGAAGUAUGAAAUGUAUCACGUGGAGGUGUACAUGAAGAUCGAACGAUUCAACGAUCCGGCGUUAGUAUCAUCGGGCGCAUACUUUGAGAGCGAUGGACGAUGAGCGACCGUGGUGCUUCUUCAUUACCCGAUAUACGUAUUAGCCUGUACGUGUCUUCUUCCGCGAGAAUCUCAAGGAAUCCUCUCUCCAAUUCGGAUCAUCGGUGAUUUCUU